AUGGCCGAGGGCAAGGCCAGAGGGAGCCUCGGGCAGCCGCACCUGUUCCGACAAGACCUGUGCACGCUGGACGUGAGCCAGCUGACCCCGCCGUCCAGCGAAGUGACCAGCCGGCAGGCCACCAUCAACGUGGGCACCAUCGGGCACGCGGCCCACGGCAAGUCCACGGCGGUGAAGGCCGUUUCGGGCGUGCACAUGGUGCGCUUCACGACCGAGCUGGAGAGGAGCAUCGCCACCAAGCUGGGCCACGCCAACGCCCAGAUCUGCCAGCUGCGCACCUGCCUGCCCGCGCCUGGGCCGCCGCUCCCCGCCGAGUCCCCCGCCGACAUCCCUGGCAGAGGCAACUUCCAGCCGGUGCGGCACGUGUCCUUCGUGGGCUGCCCCGGCCACGACAUCCUCAUGGCCACCACGCUGAACAAGGCGGCCCUGAUCGAGGCCGCCCUCCGCCUCAUCGCGGGCAACGAGUCGGGCCCGCAGCCGCAGACCUCGGAGCACCUGGCGGCCUUCGAGAUCGUGAAGCUCAAGCACAUCCUGAUCCUGCAGAACAAGAUCGACCCGGUGAGAGAGAGCCAGGCCCGCGUGCGGUAGGAGCAGAUCCUGGCCUUCGUGCGAGGCACGGCGGCAGAGGGGGCCCCGGUCUUCCCCAUCUCGGCCCUGAAGUACAGCACGGAAGGGGUCUGCUAGUACACGGUCAAGAAGAUCCCCGUGCCCCCGGGGACUUCACAUCAGAGCUGGCGCGUCGUCAUCCGCUGGUUCGACGUCAACCAGCCCUGCCGCGAAGUCAGCAUCCUGCGCGGGGUGCUGAAGAUGGGCCAGGAAUCGGUGAGGCCCGGCAUUGUCUCCAAAGACAGCCGAGGGAAGCUGCGCUGCCGGCCCAUCUUCUCCAAAACCGUGUGGCUGUUCGCCGAGCACAAGCACCUGCAGAACGCCGCCCCAGGCCUGAUCGGCGUGGGAACGAAGAUCGACCCCACCCUGUCCGCCGACCGCAUGGUGGGACAGGUGCCGGGCGCCGUGGGAGCUCUGCCCGAGAUAGUCACCGAGCUGGAAAUCUCCUUCCUGCUGAGGCGGCUGCAGGGCGUGCGCACCGAAGGAGACACGAAAGCGGCCGAGGUCCAGAAGCUGUCCAAGAACGAAGUGCUCAUGGUCAACAUCGACUCCCUGUCCACGGGAGGGAGGGUCAGUGCCAUCAAUGCUGACCUGGGCAAAAUCGUUCUGACCAGCCCCGUGUGCACAGAGGUCGGAGAGAAAAUUGCCCGCAGCCGGAGAGUUGAGAAGCACUUCCGUUUAAUUGGCUGGGGUCAGAUAAGAAGAGGGGUGAGAGUCAAACCAACUGUAGAAGAAGACUGA